AUGAGAUCGCCUCUCCCCCUUGCUUGCCGGCCCUUGGGCCUGUUCAACGCAGUCCAGCCUGCGGGGUCUACAUAUAUUUCUUCGCGUCUGUACUCUAGUGGCUCAGGAGGUCAUCGUCCUCUGCCUCUUGCUGGCGUGACGGUAGUCAGUCUUGAGCAAGCCAUCGCGGCACCCUUUUGCACACGACAGCUUGCCGAUCUCGGAGCCCGCGUUAUUAAAGUUGAACGACCUGGUGUCGGAGAUUUUGCCAGGCAUUAUGAUACAAGGGUCUCAGGACUAGCAUCGCAUUUUGUGUGGACAAAUCGCAGCAAAGAGAGUUUAGCAUUAGACCUUAAGGAUGAAAAGGACCAUGCCGUUCUCAUGAAACUCCUCGGCAAGGCCGACGUGCUCGUCCAGAACCUGGCCCCAGGUGCCAGUGCCCGAUUGGGACUCUCUCAUGAGAAUUUGAAGAGGGAUCACCCCGGUCUUAUCGUUUGCGAUAUUAGUGGAUACGGGCAAAAUGGUCCUUACAUGAAAAAGAAAGCGUACGACCUUCUCAUACAGAGCGAGGCAGGCAUAUUGUCAGUGACUGGCACCGGGAAGGAGCCCGCAAAGGUUGGAAUCAGCAUUGCGGAUAUUGCAGCGGGAAUGUACGCUUAUAGCAAUAUUCUCUCAGCACUGUUACAGCGUGGGAAGGAUGGUCUGGGCUGCCACAUUGAUAUCUCUAUGCUCGAGAGCAUGGUAGAGUGGAUGGGUUUCCCGAUGUACUACGCCUUUGAGGGUGCCCCCGGUCCGGUACCAGCAGGAGCUUCACAUGCCGCAAUUUAUCCUUACGGUCCUUUUGAAACUGGAGAUGGACAGUCAGUCAUGCUUGGCAUUCAAAAUGAACGCGAGUGGCAAAACUUCUGCACGAAAGUUCUCUCACAACCCGAACUGGCCACCGACACGCGUUUCUCGAGCAACUCCCUGCGGGUUCAAAAUCGGGAUGCCCUCAAGGAAACCAUUCAUGACGUAUUCUCAGAAUUCACGGCAGAAGAAACUAUUACCCUGUUGGAAGAAGCAUCAAUCGCCAAUGCUAAUGUCAAUGAUAUGCAGAGUGUCUGGGAGCAUGCCCAACUAAAAGCCCGCGAUCGUUGGACCCAAGUGCAGACUCCCGCCGGUGCUGUCCCAGCUCUUUUGCCUCCUGGAUCGACCAAAUCAGCUGAUAGGGGUGGGUAUGGCGCCCAGAUGGGCCCCAUUCCGAAGGUUGGAGAACACAACGAGGCCAUACUCGCGGAAUUGGGUCUGGCUUGA